AAUCUUCUGUAAAGAGUUAAGAGCCGGCUGCUGAGUCUCCCGGGGCCUCGCCGGGUCCCCAGGCCCCGCUAACCGCUCCUGAUUGGCUGAUCUCCUGUCAGUAGUAAAGAGGAUCAGAUAGCAAACUUGGGACCUUCAUAAAGGCGUGGUGGCGGUACUCCGCCACCGCUGGCAGCCUAUGACAUCAGCCAGGAACGCCUAGGAUGCGGCUGCUCCUGGCCACCCUGAGAGGAGGAGGGUCCUGCCUGCUGGGAGUUAAUUAGCCUCGCGCGCGGCGAGGGGGGAGGCGCCAGUUUUCUGGGGACACUGGCGGCCACUGUGCGUCCUCCUGCCCGAGGGAGCUCCCUGAGAGUUGGAUGAAUUCUGGGUUGUUAGUUGCUGUCCUCUGGGCUCCUGGGAGCCAGUUUCUGGAGGAAAACAAGGGGCGUCUGGCCAGCGACCAGCGGCUUGCUGAGAUUCACCAUGACACUCCUGGGGUCUGAGCACUCUCUGCUGAUUAGAAGGAAGUUCCGAUCAGUCUUACAGUUACGGCUUCAACAGCGAAGGACCCAGGAGCAGCUGGCUAACCAAGGCUUUAUACCACCACUGAAAAGUCCAACUGAAUUCCAUGACCCAAGAAAAAAUUUGGAUAGUAACAAGACAGAAGAUUCCCUGAGGCGCAAGGGCAGAAACAGGUCUGAUUGUGGCAGCCUGGUUAAUAUGCACAUUCUCCAAGCCUCUACAGCAGAAAGAUCCAUCCCAACUGCUCAGAUGAAGCUGAAAAGAGCCCGCCUUGCUGAUGACCUCAAUGAAAAGAUUGCUCUCCGCCCUGGGCCCUUGGAACUGGUGGAGAAGAACAUUCUGCCUAUGGAUUCUUCAGUGAAAGAGGCUAUAAAAGGUACUGAGGUGAGUUUCUCCAAAUCAGCGGAUGCAUUUGCCUUUGAAGAGGAAAGCAGCAGCGAUGGGCUUUCCCCAGAUCAGACUCGAAGUGAAGAUCCACAGGGCUCUGUGGCCUCGCCCCCUGAUAUCAAAGCCACUGAAGCCACUUUGGCUGGUCCUCUGGACACAAUCCAGGAUCUUGCUCCUGGCUCAGAAAGUGACAAGAAUGAUGCAGCCUCCAAGCCAAGCAACCAGUCAGACUCUGGGAAGCAGGGGCUUGCCCCCCUCAGCACCUCUAUCCCUGUGCACGCUGCUGUAAAGUCCAAGUCUUUGGGUGAUAGUAAGAACCGCCACAAAAAGCCCAAGGACCCCAAACCAAAGGUGAAGAAGCUGAAAUACCACCAGUACAUCCCCCCAGACCAGAAGGCAGAGAAGUCCCCUCCACCUAUGGACUCUGCUUAUGCUCGGCUGCUCCAGCAACAGCAGCUAUUCUUGCAGCUGCAGAUCCUCAGCCAGCAACAGCAGCAACAGCAGCAGCAGCAGCAACAGCGCUUCAACUACCCUGGGAUACACCAAACACACCUCAAAGAACCAAACGAACAGAUGGUCAGAAAUCCGAAUUCUUCAACACCACUGAGCAAUACCCCUCUGUCCCCUGUCAAAAAUAGUCUCUCUGGACAAACUGGUGUCUCUUCUCUCAAACCAGGACCCCUUCCAGCCAACCUGGAUGAUCUCAAGGUGUCAGAGUUAAGACAACAGCUUCGAAUACGAGGCUUGCCGGUGUCGGGCACCAAGACAGCACUGGUGGACAGGCUUCGACCCUUCCAGGAUUGUGCUGGCAACCCCGUGCCCAACUUUGGGGACAUCACAACUGUCACCUUUCCUGUCACACCCAAUACCUUGCCCAGUUACCAGUCCUCACCAUCAGGGUUCUACCACUUUGGCAGCACAAGCUCCAGCCCACCCAUCUCCCCCGCUUCAUCUGACCUGUCGGCCGCAGGGUCUCUGCCAGACACCUUCACCGAUGCAUCACCUGGCUUCGGCCUACAUGCCUCCCCGGUGCCAGCCUGCACUGACGAGAGCCUGUUGAGCAGCCUGAAUGGGGGUUCAGGUUCCUCAGAGCCGGAUGGGCUGGACUCGGAGAAAGACAAGAUGCUGGUGGAGAAGCAGAAGGUGAUCAACCAGCUUACCUGGAAGCUGCGGCAGGAGCAGCGGCAGGUAGAAGAGUUGAGGAUGCAGUUGCAGAAGCAGAAGAGCAGCUGCAGCGACCAAAAGCCACUUCCCUUCUUGGCCACCACCAUCAAGCAGGAAGAUGUCUCUAGCUGUCCCUUCGCAGCCCAGCAAGUGUCUGGGAAGAGACAGGGCCACAGCUCCGACAGCCCUCCUCCGGCCUGUGAGGCUGCUCAGCUGCUGCCCCACUGUGUGGAGUCCUCAGGUCAAGCCCAUGUACUCUCAUCCACGUUUCUCAGCCCUCAGUGCUCCCCUCAGCACUCGCCCCUGGGGACCUUGAAGAGCCCACAGCACAUCAGCCUGCCCCCAUCGCCCAACAACCCUUACUUCCUGGCCUCCUCCUCCUCUGGGGUGCAAAGAGAGAGCCAUGGGGUCUCCUCACCUAGCAGCAGUCAAGGGUGCACACAGAACUCAGGGGCACAUGAAGGCCAUCCUCCUAGCUUCUCCCCAUCGUCUUCCAGCCUCCAUCAGCCUUUCUCUGGCACCCAAGCAGACAGCAGUCAUAGUGUUGGGCUCAACCCAUGUCCCAAAAGCCCAGUUAUUCAUCCAAAGAUGACUGGCUUGCAAUCUUCUGAGAAGGUGGGACCAAAGUUUUCAAUUCCAUCCCCAACUUUUUCCAAGUCAAGUUCAGCGGUUUCAGAGAUAACCCAGCCCCCAUCCUAUGAAGAUGCAGUGAAGCAGCAAAUGACUCGGAGUCAGCAGAUGGAUGAACUCCUGGAUGUCCUCAUUGAAAGUGGAGAAAUGCCUGCUGAUGCCAGGGAAGAUCAUUCAUGUCUUCAAAAAGUACCAAAGAUACAUGGGUCCUCCUGCAGCCCCACCACCAUCCUCCCCAAGCCCUCAGCUUCCUUUGAACAGGCAUCUUCAGGAGGUCAGAUCUCCUUUGAUCACUAUGCCACUGAUAGUGAUGAACACCUGGAAGUCUUAUUGAAUUCUCACAGCCCCAUGGGCAAAGUGAGUGAUGUCACUCUCCUCAAAAUUGGAAACGAGGAGACUCCUUUUGAUGGAAUCAUGGAUGGCUUCCCCGGGAAGGCUGCCGAAGACCUCUUCAGCGCUCAUGAGCUCUUGCCUGGGCCCCUUUCUCCGAUGCCUACACAGUUAUCACCCUCGUCAGUGGACAGCAGUGGUCUACAGCUGAGCUUCACAGAAUCUCCUUGGGAAACAAUGGAAUGGCUGGACCUUACUCCACCUAGUUCCACACCAGGCUUCAGCAACCUCCCCACUAGUGGCCCCAGCAUAUUCAACAUUGAUUUCCUGGAUGUCACCGAUCUCAAUUUGAAUUCCCCCAUGGACCUCCAUUUACAGCAGUGGUAAACACCUGAGUUACAAAUGCUAGGGAAGCUUGAUAGGAAUUCCAUGGGGGAAAGCACACAGCCAGAAAUACUUGUGUGAUCCGAAAGAUGAAGGAAAAAAUGGGGGUGGGGGAUCCCGGCAAUGGAGGUUUCUGUGACAAUCAACCAGAACAAACAGGAGUCAGUCAUUAAGAUAUGUAUAAUGUAAUUACUAUCAGAAUCCAGUAACUGUUAAUAACUUCAGUGAUGCACUCAAAACUGUGCUUUCUCAGAUUAAGAAUGCCAAAAUGUCUUCCACUGCCUUUUCUCAUAUCAGUAAUUUUCUAGCCCACAGUUUGUC